AAAUGUCAGUAACUUCACCUAUCUGUCAAAAACUCAUGUUACAACAGGUUUUACCUUCUUUUCUGUCCAAAAAUGCAUUUGAAAUUUUGGGAAAAAAUACGAGUCUCAGGGAAUUCUUCUGUUGUGGACAAAAUCACAAUUGCCCUUGCUGAAUUUUUCGGAACUGCAAUUUUAUUAUUUAUAGGGUGUUUGGGAUGCACUUACAGAUUUCCAUCGGGGAUUGGAGUCAAAGGAAUAGACGAUUUAUUGCACGGUUCUUUUGCUUUUGGUUUAGCCAUCAUGAUUGCCAUUCAGUGUUUUGGGCACAUUUCAGGGGGGCAUGUUAAUCCUCUCUUAACUCUAGCUGGCAUAAUUGUGGGAUAUGUCCCAAUUGUAGAUUCGUUGUUUUUCUUUUUGGGCCAAUUUCUGGGAGCACUUGGUGGCUUUGGACUUUUGAAACUGUUGAUACCUGUUAAAUACGUGCAUGUGUUAGCACUAAGUACUUCGGAAAAAGCAGCCUCCGACUCUGCUGGUGUUUGCUCUGGUGUUAUGCAUAUCAGAGAUGAAAAUGGUCUUGUUAUGGAGCUUUUGAUGAGUUUCAUCCUAGUCAUGAUAAUUUGUGCUGUCUGGGAUGCUAAAAAUAAAACCAAGACUGACUCUACAGCGCUUCGAGUUGGUCUAGCUGUGACAGGCAUUGCUAUUGCUGCGGGGCCGUACACAGGGGGUCAUAUUAAUCCUGCGAGAACACUUGCUCCUGCUAUUUUGAAUAAUUAUUGGGUUUCGCACUGGGCAUACUGGGUUGGUCAAUUAACAGGUGCCCUUGUGGCUGCUAUACUUUACAGCAUUGUGUUCUCUAGCAGUGAAUCCGGUGAAGCGCCAACGUAUGACGAAGAAAAUAAAUAAAUUUUCAACAGUAUAGUUUUUAUUAUGUUAGUGCUAUUUAUUUUUUUAGUUAGUUGUAGAACAAACUUAUA